UUGAUAACUCCGCGGUCACACUGACUGACUAAAUUACAAUUCAUAAAAAAAACGUAAUAAUUUUAGAAUGAAUUUAACUGGUAUUGUAGUUUUGCUGAGCAUCGUCGCCAGUGGAUGGUGCUUUCUAGAACACGACAGCUGGAUUACAGUUGAAUUGCACCAUGCGCUAGCAACCAACACCAACGAAUUUUCUUUCCGCGGAAAUGUUACAAUUCCCAGUCUAAAUUCGGGCUUGUCCAAUGUAGCCCAACUUCCCUUGACACCUGGAGAGCUGGACACGUUGAAGGCUCUUGCGAAGCAAAAUGAGUUCUACCGCCUGAAGGCAACUGUUGUGUAUCCCAACGGAGCCAAAACACGCUUCCUGACAUCCAACAAGGCCUGCAGCUUGCUGCAAGCUCAUCUGAACGACGUACUGUGGAUAUCACUAGAUCCUUCUGGCUUUGUUACGGGUGUUACUGCCUCUCAAGACGCUUCGCCAGGUGCCAGCGGCUGCACAAGUGAUGAAAUAAAUCAGCUGGAGGAAACGCACUUCAACACCGAUGUUUUGAUCCGUCAUGCCGAGCUGGCGCCCGUACCGGAUACAGCUGGCUUUAUUCAAAAGGUGGAGCGUGAGCGCGAGGCCCGCGACCGUGGGGAAGUUCGUGAUAAUCGUGGAUUCUUUGCCAAAUAUUGGAUGUACAUCGUGCCUGUGGUGCUAUUGGUCUUCAUUUCUGGAGCUACAAACCAAGACGGAGCUAAAUAAUAAAUCAAGUAACUUAUGUUCCAAUUUUUAAUUAAUAAACAUCCUAGACAAUUCUGUAUUCAUUAA